CUUGUAAUGGAAUGUAUUGGUGUUGCAUCCCGUGGAAUAGUUCAUGAAGUGCUCACAAGAUAUAACUAUCAGCAAUGGGAAACUCUAAUGAAAAGCUAUCUGAGGGGGGAAAAUUUGUGGGAAGUUGUGGGUUAUGCUUCGACACCCAUUGAUGCACAAAGAGACGCAAAGGCUCUGCAUAUUAUUCAACUAUCAUGUGCACCAAUAAUUUUCGAACAAAUUAAACACCUCCAAACCGCCCACGAAGCUUGGAAUCACUUGGCCGAAGUUUACAGAUCUGAGUUUAAAGUCCAACCGCAUAUUCGACACGGUGUUGUAUCUGACAACGUUAGUGAGCACAAAGAUUUAUACAAGUUUGUGAAAAACGGUGAUUGGGAAGGUACGAGCUCAUACUUGAGGGAUCAACCGAAUGCCAUAUUUUGGGCUCCGCCUUCAGGUAGGACGGUUCUUCAUGUUGCAACAAUAGAAGGACAUAUUAUAAUUGUGUUUGUGUUAGUGUACUUAGGUAAGAAGCAAUUAGUAGAAAUGAAGGAUGAGGAUGGUAAUACUGCUCUUGCUCUUGCUGCUAUUUAUGGAGACAUUGAUAUAGCAAAGUUCUUUAUAAAUGCGCAAGGUGGUGAAAACCUACUUGCUAUAGAGAACAAAGAGGGUGAGAUCCCUCUUCUUCUGGCCGCUAAUUCAGGACGCAAAAGAAUGACUCGUUACCUUUACUUUAGAACUUCUUCCGAUGUCAUUGUUGAGCAGUCUCAAUGCAAUCGAGUUUUGCUUCUGGAACGAUGCAUCCAAGCGCAUAUAUUUGAUGUAGCUUUGAUAUUGCUUAAAUCUUACGGGGAACUGCCCAUUCAAUCCUUACGCGUCUUGCAAGAAUUGGCUCGAAUGCCUUCUGCAUAUUCACAGGCCAGCCGUUGGCAGACAAUAGUUUACAGUUUGAAAACUGGUAAGAUUUUCCUCUUUUUUAUCUAUUGCUUUCUUUUUGCUCUUGCAUUAAUUAGCCACUCAAUUAUGUUUUUUUUGUUUGGAAGAAAAGAUUCAAUCCAUAGAAAAUUUACUUUUCAUAAUCUCUUUAAUAACUGA